CAUCUGUCAGUGCGUUGCGUUCGCGAUCGCGAAUUACGGAAUUAUAGUGAUUUUAUUUUUCUCUGUAAACAAAUGUGAAAAUAAAGAAUAUUUUUCCAAAUUUCACUUAUUUCGGCAUUAAUGAAGCAGAUAUUCAAUACAACUAUGAACAUACCAUUUGUUUUAAUUUUAAAAAUAAUCUAUUGAAAUUAAAAUUAAUGUUAUGUUUCGGUACAGCAUUUAAACCUAACAUUCCGCUACAGUAAUACUAUCUUCUACCAAACAAUAAACAUUGUUAAUGUUAUUUGCUGGCAGUUCUCGGAAGUAGAAACAGACUGCAAUCUGCAUUUGAGCCACACCCUUGUUGUUCAGUGUUCAGUGUUUUAACUUUUAAUCAAAUGUAUGUAAAACAAAGUGGUUAAAAAAAAUAGACUUUGAAAAUGACUCUACAGAUCUUAAGUGUGUUGAUGUGGAAACAUCUGGUGGUGCGCCUGAAGCGAUUCAUCCAUACACCCGUUGAAAUAUUGUCACCAAUCAUUUUCUUUGUUAUUCUUUUCUCAUUCAAAGAUUACAUCUAUCCUGUACCAAGAUCACAUCAAGUAAACAAGUACAAUGAACAAAACCACGAACCAGUAAGUUUAGCACCUGAAAAAUAUCAGGCAAAAUUGUUCUACACACCUGAUAAUGAUCUUACCAAUGCCCUGAUGAAAGAAGUUGGUCCACUACUGAAAUUGGAAAAUUUCUCUGGAGAAUCACAGAUGACAAAAAGCUAUUAUAAAGCAUUUACAAAUGAAUCGGAUAUCCCUAUACUUGCGGAGACUAUGAAUGUGGAUGAUGCCAUUAUUAUAUUUCCUGACAUGAAUACUACGUGGCCCAAAAAAUUACGCUACACAAUACGCAUGAAAUCGUAUUUCUACACUGAGACAUAUAAGUCGGAAGAGGUUAAGUUGGAGCCGAGAGAGAACUUUGGCACCGUCUACUCUGCGUUCAUGAAACUCCAGUGGGCAAUCGAUUCUAGCUACAUUAAACUUGUGUCGGGAAAAACUGUUCCACAGGAGGUGCUGCUUCAAGAAUUCCCCUUUGUGAGAACGACAGGCAACGAAAUUUCUGGGAUGUUCAACGUUGUGUUACCAAUCCUGUGCUAUUUUUCGCUAUUGCUGGUGUUCGUGUUCCUAACGGUGAGGCUGCUGGAGGAGCGGAUUAAUGGGAUACAGGAGUUGAUCAGAAUGGUGGGUGUAUCGAGCAACCUGCUCAACAUAUCCCACUUCCUGAACGUGCUGCCGGCGGGUCUUGCCUACUGCCUGGCGGGCACCGUGCUGCUGACCGCCAGCGACCACCCCUACGUCGCCUUCUCCAGCCCAGGGAUGCUGUUCACUGUGCUGAUCUUGCACUUCACCAGCGUCGUGUCGAUGGCGUACGCUGGCAGCUACUUGGUCAAGACGACCCAAUACACAGUAACUAUAGCGAUCACUUUAUAUGUGGCCUUUGUCAUACCGGUGGAAGUGCUGAUGGAAUACGAGAUCUCGCAGUCUUACAUACCAUUGACGGGACUUCUGCCGCACGUGCCUAUGGUAUGGUUUUGGAGGGAACUGGCGAUUUUGGAACAGUAUGGGAGCGGAGUAACCAUGGAAACCAUUGGCAACGUCCACGGCGAUCAGAACGGUUCAGUGCUGCUGAGCUUCAUAAUGUUAGUGGUGCAAAGCGCUAUAUUCUUCUCCAUCGCCUGGUACCUCGCGAGGGUCAACCCUGGGCCCUAUGGUACUGCUUUGCCUUGGAAUUUCCUGUGUCUGAAACAAUACUGGAUGCCGUCCAAGGUGCAGCCUGGUGACAGGGACGAAGAGAUGGAGGAGGUUAACGUCGCCGACGCGCAGUACUUCGAGCCAGCGCCCAAGAAUGCGGAGAUCGGCAUCAGAAUCGAAAAUGUCACCAAGAUAUUCGGCAAACAGAGAGCCCUAGACAACGUGUCCCUGGACGUGUACAAGGGCGAGAUUACAGUGCUGCUGGGGCACAACGGGGCCGGGAAGACCACCCUCAUGUCUAUUAUCACAGGAAUGUACAGCGCGAGCGAAGGCAACGUGUUUGUGGAGGGCAUGCAGUCGGUGGCGCAGCGCGACGAGAUGCGCAAGCUGCUGGGCCUGUGUCCGCAGCACAACCUGUUCUUUCCCGACCUCACCGUGCUGCAGCACGUCAUGUUCUUCACUAUGCUCAAAGGCACGUCGUACUCUGAGGCCAAAACAUCCUCAAAAACCCUUCUAGCUCGGCUCGGUCUCGGCGACAAGCUGUCGACCUACAGCUCUCAGUUGUCGGGCGGCAUGAAGCGGCGCCUGCAGCUGGCGUGCGCGCUGGCCGGAGAGGCCAAGGUGCUGGUCCUCGACGAGCCCACGUCGGGCCUGGACGUGGAGACCAGGCGGGAGCUGUGGGACCUGUUAUUGUCGCUUCGCGGAUCGCGCACAGUGCUGAUCAGCACACACUUCAUGGAGGAAGCAGAAGCGCUCGGGGACCGCGUGGCGGCGCUUCACGGCGGCAAACUACGCUGCCACGCUACCACCAUGCAUCUCAAGCGAGCACUGGGCACUGGCUACCGUCUGACUUUCACCACAACCGGCCUACCCAACGAGCCCGCAAUAUCUGCAGCCAUCGUCGACAAAGUGCCCGAAGCGACUGUCAAAGAGAGAUCCCUCAACUCCAUCUCUUACAAUCUCCCCUCCAAGAGCAGUAACAAGUUCCCCACACUGUUCAACACGUUGGAGAGUAAGAGAUCCGAACUCGGAAUAGAGUCCAUCGGAGUCGGGAUAUCGACUUUGGAAGAGGUGUUUUUGAAACUGUGCAGUGACGUCAAAACUACGUUUGACGAAGAUGAUAUCGACGGAGAAACUUCUGAACCGAUAUUCGAGAAGUUGUCCGGCGUGCGGCUCUACGCGCACCAACUGUUGAUGCUGGUCAUAAGACAGUUCAAGUUCCUGUGGUCCAAGAAGAUGACGUUCCUUUUGCUGCAAGCAUUCCUACCUAUAGUGAUGAUAUGUUCGCUGGCCUACAUGUCCAACAGCGACCACAUGAAGACUUACACAGAAAGUCCGGCCGUCAAUAUGAACCUGGACUUAUACAACGGACAGAUAGCGGACCGCAGGGUCCUGUACAGCGUCAAUGAGACCGGUCUGAGGCAGAUAUUCAUCGGGCAGAAGUACAAAUUCGUGGACUUCAAGAGUGUGCCCAAUGUUGAAGAAGCUAUGCUCAGGAUUGGACGCAAAAACAUACUCGAUUACAAAAACUAUUUAGUUGGAAGUGAAAUUAACGACACGCAUGCGAAGGUGCUGUAUACAACGCUGUACCGGCACGCGGCGCCCGUGUCGCUCAACCUGCUGUCCAACAUGAUCGCCGGCCAGAUGAUCCCCUACGCUGUAGAGGACACCAUCACCACCAUAAACCACCCCCUAAGCGACCGCGUUCACCCCGCUUCCUCCAAUAUCCGGCAGCCGAAGGAUAAAACCUUGAGUCUGAUUUGGGCAGUCGGUAUCGUUUUCAUAACGCUGUGCACGAUCAUAAACGGCGUGGUGCUGCCGUGCAAGGAGCGCGCGUCCGGUUCGCGGCACAUACACGUCAUGACGGGCUGCCCGCCCGCGCUGCACUGGGCCGCCACGCUGCUGGCGCACCUGCUCACGUACGCCGUCGUGCUGCUGCUGCCGAUCAUCAUCACCGCCGCCGCCAUAGACAAGGACCACACGAUCGACCAGCCGGAGUUCCUCGGUGUGCUAACGCUGGUGCUGCUGCUGGGCUGCAUGGCGUACAUGGCCUUCAUGUACCUGGUGAGCUGCGCGCUGGGCGAGCGCGGCGCCAACAUUCUCCUCGCCGUCUGCGUCAUCUUAUUCAGUAUCAUAACGCCUAUAAUGAAGGUAUCGAUGAGUUUGCUCGAGAUCGAGCGAAAAGGUGUCACGUACGUGUUGGUCACGCUGUGCGGGUACUUGUUGCCGCCGCACACGUUCACUAUGGCGGUCGGGACGACCGUACACAAUGCAGGGUUACAAGCGUACUGCGUGUUGAACAGGGAUAUGUGCGGACAACUUACCCCCAUACCCGGCUUUGAUCUUAACAAGUGUUGCGUUCAAAAAGUAUCACCCGUCUGUUACUUCUGCAUCGAUAAGUACACGCCCGCAGAGCACAUGCUGAUUCUUCUGUUUCAGUUUAUUGUUUAUAUGACGCUAGUGGUGCUAAUAGAGCACGGCGUGCUCAACAGUCUGUGCGACCGCGUGUUCAACGCAGCCUACGCGCCCGCCGCGCCCGCCACCGCGCACGAAGCCGUCCGCUCUGAGAAGGCCUACGUCGACAAGGCUAUCAAGCUGCCUAGCAACCAGAUCCAGGACGCGAUGCUAGUGAGCGACGUACACAAGAAGUACUGGAAGCUGUGCGGCAAGGGCUGCAACGCGGUGCGCGGCAUCGACUUCUCCGUCAAGCGGGGGGAGGUUUUCGGUCUGCUGGGCGUGAACGGCGCGGGCAAGUCCAGCACGUUCAAGAUGCUGACGGGCGUGGAGUGCCCCACGCGCGGCACCAUCUUCGCCAACGGACACUUCAGCGGCAAGAACUCCAGCAAAUACCUGCAGUCGCUGGGCUACUGUCCGCAAUUCUUCGGGCUGGACGACUUCCUCAGCGGGUAUGACAACCUCGCGCUGCUGCUGACUCUACGCGGACUGUCGCCCCGUGACGUGGAGGCCGAGGCCAACACGUGGAUAGAGAUUGUGGGGCUGCAGCAGUACGCGCGGCGGCCGGUGCAGGGCUACUCGGGCGGCUGCGCGCGGCGCGUGGCGGCGGCCGCGGCGCUGUGCUGCGGCGCCGCCGUCACGCUGCUAGACGAGCCCACCGCCGGCGUGGACGUGGCCGCGCGCCGCCGCGUGUGGGCCGCCGUACGCCGCGCCGCGCGCGCCCGCUCGCUGGUCAUCACCUCGCACAGCAUGGACGAGAUGGAGGCGCUGUGCGGACGCAUCGCCAUCAUGUCUGGCGGGCGCGUGGUGGCGCUGGGCGAGGCGGCCGCGCUUCGCGCCGCGCACGCCGCCGGACACGCCGUGCUGUUGAAGCUGACCACGCGCGGUGACGCACAGGAUGUGACGGAUGGCAGCAAGACAGACGUGGCGCGGCUGAAGGCGACCUUGCACCAGAAGUUCAACUGCACCUUACGGGACGAACAUACGACCAUGUUGCACUACCACAUCAACGAGACGAUGCGCUACAGCGACCUGUUCUCGGAGCUGGAGCACCUUCGCAACGAGUUCCCUGACCUGCUGGAGGACUACUCCGUGACGGAGACCACGCUGGAGGAGGUGUUCCUCUCCUUCGCGAAGGCCGAGAGCCAGCAGGAGCCGGUGCCGGUCGCUGUGUAACUCUGGACGAUUGAAAGUCUGACUCACAUUGGCUGCUGUCACGCUUUAUUAACCAAAGAUUUUAUACUAUUAUAGCUUGGGAAAUCGUUUCGUUCGACAAUCCCAUGAUAUGCGGGCGACGGGAGGGGAAGGACUGCACGGGUAUGUAGUCGUGUGCGCAGGGCUUCGCUACCCCUCUCCCAGCCCGCGCGGGCCAUCGGGAGUGUUACGAACGAAUUUGCCUAGAUAUAAUGCUACUUUAUAGUCGUUGGUAGCCAAUGUGACAUAGACUAAAACUUUUUUAUUUUUUAAAUUCCAUUUUUCUGCACGUGUGAGUUUUGACUUUUGAGUGCUGUUGUUUUAUCAAUUUUGUCACACACUCGGUUUUUUUUAAUCCAUCAUCUAUCGAGGCCUUUAAGGACUGGUAUCCAGGGUCGUAAAAAAAAUAAUUAAAAUCAUUCUCUCGAUGUAAGUCUUUGUUCUGCACAGACAACUUUUGGAAGCAUUUUGUAGUAUACAAAACGGUCCGGUAAUUACUCUAAUCAAUUCUGCGACUAAUUCAAAUUAUCUACUAAGAAAUGAUAAAAUAAAUCGUAUAUUUUUAUAAUGGAUAAAUGUGGCAGGGACGUAGCUACUGGUGUCGACUACAGGGGCCCCUAACGUGUGAAAACAAACAUUAGUAAAUUACAAUCCACAAUCUCACUUGAUUUGGUGUUUCCCGGAAAAAAAUAAAAAACUGCCUAUGAGCUUUCAUCUUAAAAAUGUCAAAAAUAAAUAGACAAACUUGAAAAAAUUUAAAAUGACUUGAAAAACUUUUUUUUCCUUCAAAACAGAUUGAAAUGGCGUAACUUCGAUGACUAUAAUUACAUAUUAUAAUUAAUUUACUUUUUAUUAUACAAAUAAUAUCCAGUAGUUUAUGUAUAUUCCAAUUUAGAUUACAGAUGUAAUAUGGGAGGACUCAGAUUAUAACUGCCGUAUCAAAAGUAAAAUCUUUCAAAAAUUUGUCUGCUAGAGCCAGGACAAAGAUUUAUGUUUUUUGGAUAUCAUCAAUAGUUAAUAAAAUUCAUUAAAAUCAAACAUUCCAUCAUAAAUUCAUAGUAUUAUUUAGAAUUUCAGUUUAUUUAUUUUAUAUAGUCUUUAGAAUCUCUAUGGAAUAAUCACAAAGUCUUGGUUAUUCUUAUGUUAAGUGAUUAGUGUUAAGUCAAUAUUAAAUGUGUUUGCGACACGUAAAACCGUUUAGACAGCUUGAUUUAGUGAUGUAACUUAAUCAUCGAUCUCGUAUUAAAAAGUGGAUGCACAAUCAGUGACCAAAAAAUGUCCCCACACAAUGAGUGCCAAACACAACUUCUUGGCACUCAAUUGAAGUAGUCGCAUUUGAAAAUUCAACCUUAAACUCAAUUCUUAAGGUAUAAUUUUCUUUACCAAUAAUUCUUAAACAAAGCAAAAUUGGCCAGUUUUUAAGUGAAAUUUUCUACAUGAUUGUGCGUCCUUUUAUUACAAGAGGUCAAUGAACUAUGUGUAUUUUCAAAAUAUAAUCGAUAAAAAAUAUGUAAUCGUAAACAAUGUAUAAUCGUAAAAGAUAUAUAAUUAAAUUGUAUAGAACGAAAUCCUGCUAUAGCCAUUUUAUGAAAGAAUGCAUAUUGGACUAAUUGGAGGGAAACUGAAAUAUUGGCCGAAUUUAAAAGAUAAACUUUGUUAUAUACUGUUUUCAAAACAGUUGUAGUUUGGUAUUUAUAAUUAUAGUGCUUUAGACAAGAUUGUUGUUGGUACGUAUACUGACAUUCGCUUGGAUUUUACUGCUACGCGUAUCUCGGUAUAAGAUAGCAAAAAGAAACAAAUGUUGCUUUAUUCAUAUUUCCCUAGAAGUAUAUAUUUUUUAUUCUCUUUUAAAGAGCUUAGUCACUAAAGUGAGAGCUAAGAGUUAAGAGAGCUACAUAGCUCUCAUAAUGCUACUUAAGGUAAAAACAUCCAUUAACUAAAGCUAUCUUAAGACUAAUUAAUAUUACCUAGAGAAGUAUAUUUGUACAUGUCAUUAUAUUUAUUUCUUAGACGUUUUAUUGCUAUAAUGCGAAAUUUUUUGACGUUAAAACAACAAAAAAGCAGAAAACAGCAAAAAAAUGUGGAUUUCGGAAACGAAAUAUAACAGUAAUUAUAGUAAUGAGUAAAAAAAAUGCAUAGAAGGCAUAAUCGAUAUCGAUGACUGCUGUCCUUUGUACUAAAGUAAAGCUAACAGAUUAAUCGAUAUACAAAUAAGGACUAUAUUCGUCACUAUUUUUGUCUAUAAAACGCCACAGUUACGUUAGCUGAUCUAUUAACACACAUCUCGAGCGAGUUCAGAGCGUUUUGUCAGCCUCCGUGGCGCAGUGGUAUGCUCGGUGGAUUUAUAAGACGGAGGUCCUGGGUUCGAUCCCCGAUUAGGCCGAUUGAGGUUUUCUUAAUUGGUCCAGGUCUGGCUGGUGGGAGGCUUCGGCCGUGGCUAGUUACCACCCUACCGACAAAGACGUACCGCCAAGGGAUUUAGAUUUAGGUACGAUGUCGUGUAGAAACCGAAAGGAGUGUGGAUUUUCAUCCUCCUCCUAACAAGUUAGCCCGCUUCCAUCUUAGACUGCAUCAUCACUUACCAUCAGGUGAGAUUGUAGUCAAGGGCUUACUUGUAAAGAAUAAAAAAAAAGGCGCGAUAAAAUUUUGCAUACAGAUAUUUAUCCGGCCAAUAAAGUAUAUUCCUAAAUUCAGUCCAUAAGGGGAUGAAACCGGGGCCCAAGGUUCAUCAAGGGUUUCCACGCGGACCAUCGAUACCUACCAGUAGCGAAGGCUGAAAUUUUGUAAUAGGUAACCCGAACAUGUGCUUUUUGCGUGCAGGCGUUUUUUUUUCAAAGAUUGUAGAAAUGCUGUGGUAAUAUUACAUUUACUCGAGAUAUGUAGGUACAUAUAUAUGCACAUAUUUCGAGCAUAUAAAAUAAUAUAUAAUUAUAAAUAUGUACAAGUAUUUAUGGAUUAUAAAAAGGUAAGCCGCUAGGAAUCGGGUUGUUUAGACUCCUCCCUAAAUAUGGUCUUAACGAGAACAUAUACGCUAACCCUAUAUCUUGUUACUGUGUCUACGUACUAGACAAUACACCAAUCAUCACUACUGCGUUCAACUGUACUUUAUAGUUCCUACUAUUGAGCGAACCAUAGGAGCAAACUUGACCAUUUGGUCAAGUUCAAGAAAACAGUAGUGCACAUAUUUCGAGCAUAUAAAAUAAUAUAUAAUUAUAAAUAUGGACGAGUAUUUAUGGAUUAUAAAAAGGUAAGCCGCUGGGAAUCGGGUUGUUUAGACUCCUCCCUAAAUAUGGUCUUAAAGAGAACAUAUACGCUAACCCUAUAUCUUGUUACUGUGUCUACGUACUGGACAAUACACCAAUCAUCACUACUGCGUUCAACUGUACUUUAUAGUUCUUACUAUUGAGCGAACCAUAGGAGCAAACUUGACCAUUUGGUCAAGUUCAAGAAAACAAUAGUACUUUAGGCAGGUAUAAUAUUUUAGCACUUCAUCCAAAAACUUCGAUCAACCAAUCCUUCAAUGGUCCCCGCUGUUUUAUGUUGCGACAUGAUAUAUUCUUACAAACAGCUUCUCUAGUACGUAGUCACUCAAUGUCGUUAUUUUCAAUGCGUGACUUCUCAUUAGCGCACGCUGACAAUAUUUGAGGCUAAUUGUUGUGUCUUGCACUGUGAUACAUAAUGUUUAAACUAAAAAUAGCAUUUUUUGAAGUACGUACAUUUACACACAGUAUUGUGAAACUCCUGUGAUCUAAGAAUAUUGAUAUAUUUUUGACAAUUUCGUAUUGUAAACAGUGAGAUGUUAUAAUCUAUAGAGCGCUUACUAUUCCAUUUGUACCGCUUAAUUACGAGUAAUUCCUAUCUAAUUGUAUUAUAGAGAGGUACUUUCACUAUUUUCCCAUUUUUUUUUAAAUAUUGUGUAAUAAAUAUUCCGACCUGUGUGUAUAUUUUAUGUAUAUAAUGUCUGAAUCACCUAAAACAUUUUCCAUUUAAAACAUUAUUAAAAACCAAAGUAUGUAAUAUUAGAGUAUUAUAAUUAUCAGUUAUUAUGUAAUAGGUUCACUAUAUUUAUUUAUUAUUAUUUGCAAUUUAUAUUUACCAAUUUGUAAGGCCACAUCUGAUUUAUAAGACUUUAGUUUGUAAGCUUGUUUAAUAUAAAUAUAAAAGACAUUGUAACCAAUCUUAACUUUGAUUUUGUGUUAUAAGACUGAAUGAACCAACAUUGCUGAAACUCAUUUUGGAUGCACCUACAAAUACGUCACGCCACAUCGAUUCUCUUUCUACAAACGCUAACGCUUCGAAAAGUGUCACAUCGAUCGUAGAUCGUUAGAUGGGCCCCGAAACGUCAUUGGUUUCGCACGUUGAGUACGUCAUCACUCGUAACACCUUUCUCUUUAUUCAUAUUGCGGCUUGUGUUUUUACACUUCCAAAAUGAACACGAAGUCAUAAUUAAAGGAUUAAACAAGAAAAAGUAGUAAACUGUUUUUUUUUAAUUCACGUCCACUCACAGCAUGCGCGUACUAAGUUUAAAAUGUGCGUGCACAUCUUUGAGUAAUGACAUAACAUUGUGCGUUCUUUAAUAUGGAGGGGCCCAUCUAUCGAUUUAUAUCGGAUGGGUAAUGACAGAUCUGACCGAUAAUUCGAUCACGUGACUUGUCGAUAGCAAAUGUCAUUCCCAUACAUUAUUUAAUUUACGAAGCGAUUGCGAUUGUAGAUAGAGAAUCGAAUUGCCACAUGGCUACAGACAGGCCCUGGUCAUAGACAAACUACAAAAAUGUUUAGGUUCUUGAAAAAUAUGGUACAGCAUAACUAUGUUACAUGUUUUUUUUUAUGGUUUGGUUUGGUUUUUUUAUGGAUGGUUUAGCAAGAACAUCAAGUCAAGUCUCACUUCAAAAAAAAGCUUGGUUUUUUUAAAGAAGAAUAUUCUUGUCUAUUGUCUAGACGAGUCUAUUAAACGAUUUGUACCACAUGAACAUGAUUCAGAUAAUUUUUUUUUACCAACUUCCGUACUCUGUAAUGAGAAUUUUUACUGCAAAUUGCUUGUAAGAAAGGAAAUCAGUAUUUCACACUCCGACUACGUCGAACCCGGGACUUCGUCCGAAAUUACUAUGACUAACUACUGAACCUAUGAGGCAGAUCUGAUUGGUGCGCUCAAAAUGGCGUUUCAACUUUCAGUGUAAUAUACCUACUGCCCUUGACGUAUUAUUUAAAACAUGUAUAUUAAUUAGUAAAUAUAUGUUACUGUAAAUGGCCGAACAAUGUUAAUAAAUCUUAGAUCUUACUUUUUUACAAAAAAAAAACUGUUUAUCUUGAUAAGAUAUUGUAUAGUUAGCGUUACUUUGCGGAAGUUAUGUACAAUGAAUAAUGAAUUUAUUUGGUAUUUUUUUUGCGAAAAUUUAAUAAAAAGACCUGUGUGCCUAGUGGGAGUUUUCAAUGUUUUCAUACUGUAACUAUCGCGUUAACGUAAACGCGAAUUUAUAUGGAAUUGAAAAAGUUGUGUAUUAGUGCCAAUAGAUGGCGCUGUUUCAAUUCUUUAGAAAUUCGCGUUUACUUUAACGCGAUCGUCACAGUAGAAGCCACUUGCAUAGUUCUGUAGUGUUAUAACAUUUUGCACUGCCGUUAUGUACCCGUAUUAUUGGCAGUGUUACUAAAUAUUAUUAAUACUUAUUUUAUUUAAGUACUUAUACGUCCAAUAGAUGUCUAUUAUGUAAACAAGUUUCCAGUACUUAUUUUAUACUGCGCUAAGGUAACCACUAUUAAUGUAAGAAACAAAGACUGUAUAACAGUGCUUGAUUGGUGUUAAAUAAAUGUUCAAAUAUUCAA